AUGAUGAUUCCGACUCGCACGAUCCUGUGCGCAUUCGCUUUCUUGACGGCAGCUAAUGCUGCCAUGGUGUACCGCCCUGACAACGGUAACCGACUCUACCGUCGUCAGGCGUCGUCCGGUAGCGAUGCCCCUACCAUGGCAAGCUCUCUCUCGAAGUCCAUGAGUGCUUUGGGUGCACAGGCUACUGCGUCGACCCCGUCGCCACCUUUCCAAUUUGGUAACCCGAGUCAUGACUACCCUGGCGUGAUUGCACAGAACCCCAAUGGUCCUACCAACCCCGAAACCCCGCAGAUGAACACACCUAUUAACCAAACAUCGCUGUCUAGGCUGGCAUCAGUCAACAAUAUUGACGACUGGUGCACCUUCGGUCCGAAUGAUCUUGACGUUCCCCUUUCCGACCAGGAGGAGCGUGUUGUGGCUUACUGCACAAAGCCCCGUAACAACGCCCGUGUGAUUCCAGAUGGUACUAUCAUGGCUCUUGGUGACUUUACGCGUAUUGGUCUCAAGUCAAACGACACCGGCGGUGAGCUUGACCCGCAUGGCCAGACGAAUGAAGGCAACCCUCAUGGCGGCAACGUCACUUCGAACGUGACUGGUAAGGAUGAAUUCUACCAGGAGUGGAUGAACUACAUUGGCCACAACAUCAUGUGUUUCCGUGUUUGCAUUGCUGGCUCGGAUCAGGCUAAGCCGGAGGUCGAAUGUCAGCACACGCUGGAUGAGAUGGGCUGCACCUGGGUCAUGCCUGGUAACUACGAUCCCGACUCAUUCGACUCUUGCGAUGCUGACCCUGCUUACCCGCCGGGUCUCUUUUUGGACAAUGGUUCGACGUCGACCUUCCAGCAAUUCAUGACUGGUGUUUACACGGACGCUGAUGGCAAGAAGAAGAAGUUCACCAAUGGUAGUGAGGGCGAGAAGACUCCUAGUCUUGCUCAGUCGUUGCCAAGUUCGUCGAACUGCAAGCCUGCAAGCUCUAUCGCGAACGGUAUCGACACCGCGAAGCUCCUUCCUAGCAAUGCCAACUCGGGUUCUCCUUCUGCGACAGGUGCCCCGGCUGCUGGUGGCGGUAGCAGCAACAGCGGAAACCGCAGCGGCAAUGGCAAUGGCAAUGGCAGCGGCAGCGGCAGCGGCAGCGGCAACAACAAAGACAUCAGCAAGAACAACCAGAACUCUAACAACGGUGCCUCGGGCGCCCCUGCGUACACCGCUUCGAUGGCGGCAAUGAUUGCUGCUAUCGUGGCUGGUGCCGUUCUCAUUUAA